AUGGAACAAACAGCGGCGACAAUCCAUGGCGAAGAGCUGAACCCACUGGACAGCACUGGGCUCUGUCUGUUGUCCGUCGAUGGCGGCGGCGUGCGUGGGCUCUCAACCCUGUACAUCCUCAAAGGCUUGAUGGACCGACUGAACCAGGCACGACCGGAGGGCUCUCCAAUGAAGAAGCCGUGUGAAGUGUUUGACCUGAUUGGAGGCACUAGUACAGGCGGGUUGAUUGCAAUCAUGCUCGGGCGGUUGGAAAUGGGCGUUGAUGAGUGCAUCGCGGCAUAUGUGCAACUGAUGAAAAAGAUCUUCGAGAAACCUUCCAAACGGAACCUUGUUACAAGCCCCUUUAGCAAGAUUAAACCACGAUUCAACGCCAGCAAGCUUGAAGAUGCGAUUAAUCAAGUCAUCAGCAGCUGUGGAGCCAACCCAACUGAUCUUUUCAAUGAUCAGGCUGAGCGUGGCUGUCGGGUAUUUGUCUGCAGCAUCACACAGGAAACCAAGGAAAUUAUGCACCUUCGCAGCUACCAGGUGCCCGGCAAAGAUGAGAUUCCUGCCACCAUCUGUCAGGCUGCUCGUGCAACAUCAGCUGCUACAACCUUCUUCAAGCCUGUAUCUAUUGGAGCACGCAGAUUCGCAGACGGCGCGCUAGGGGCCAACAAUCCUGCGGAUGAGGUGGAGCGUGAAGCAUCAGAUGUCUGGUGUGGAGGCACAGGCGACCUGAAGCCAUUGGUGAAAUGCUUCAUCUCGAUUGGGACUGGCAAUCCAGGGAAGAAGGCAAUGGAAGACAACUUGUUCAAAUUUGUCUCCAAAACUCUACCAGGACUUGCCACUCAGACUGAGCACACUGAGAAAAAUUUCACUGCCAAAUGGCGGCAGCAUUAUGAUGAGAAGCGAUUUUUCCGAUUCAAUGUGGACCAGGGCCUGCAGGAGGUCGGGCUGGCGGAAUACCAAGUGCAAGGCCUGAUUGAAGCAGCGACAGGGGGAUAUCUCGAUCACCAGGCGGUAGCAUUCCAAAUGCGGGACUGUAUUCAGAACUUAAAGUCAAAGCAGAAUGGAACCAACCCUCAUUUUGCUACAGUGGAGUAUCAAAGAAGGCAUCAAAGAAGGCUAAUUCUUUUGGAGCAAUGGCAUGGCCGUACGCGGUGGCAUGUGCCAUUUGAGCGAAACCCCAAUUUUACUGGCCGCAAGGAACAGCUUGAUGGCCUCCAACAGAUACUGGAACAGAAGUCUCACAGUACAAAAAAAAUCGCAGUCAUCGGCCUGGGUGGUGUGGGAAAGACACAGCUGGUCCUUGAGCUCGCCCACCGUAUCCGAGAGCAAUGGGCAGUUUUCUGGAUUCCAGUCAAUAGCCUGACCAACCUUCAGACAGCAUAUUAUGAGGUGGCCAAGAAGCUUUGCCUCCCGGGCUGUGAAGCAUAUGGUGAUCAAAUCCUGGAAUCAGUACAAACAUACCUCAGUAAUGAGAGCAUCGGCCCAUGGCUGCUGGUAUUGGACAAUGCCGAUGAUUUAAGCCUGUGGGAUUCUUUGGUUUCCCUAGAAUCAGGGAAAAAGCGCCUGGUUGACUUAUUGCCGAAAAGCACCCAGGGGUCCAUUAUCUUCACCACCCGUAAUCGGAAGGUGACCAAUGACCUUGUGCAGGAUGUGGUGGAGGUGCUGGAGAUGGGUGAACCAGAGGCCACUCUUUUAUUAAAUGCCACCGCGGGUGUUAACGAGCUUGCUGAGACUGACCGUCACAUGGUGCGGACUCUUCUUGAGAAGCUGACUUACCUCCCACUAGCCAUUGUUCAAGCGGCGUCUUAUAUUAAGAAGAACCGGGUAUCGUUCUCCACAUACAAAGGUCUGCUGAUGGACCAAGAGGACGAGGUCAUAGGUAUCCUUAGUGAGGAAUUCCAUGAUGGAAGAAGGUAUCGUGAUAUCAGCAACGCGGUUGCAAAAACAUGGAUCAUUUCAUUUCAGCAGAUGUACCAUGACGAUCAUCUGGCAGCUGAGUUUCUGUCAUUGAUGGCUUGUGUGGACCCCAAGGAUAUCCCACAAUCAAUACUGGUACAGGGGCUACUGCGGAGCAAGCAGACAAAUGCUAUUGGUACACUGGAUGCCUACUCAUUCAUCAAGAAGCACAAUGAUUCAAUGAUGUUUGACAUGCACCGAUUAGUCCAUCUUGCCACACGGGGAUGGCUGAAAGAACAGAAGACACUACCCAGCUGGCAGAGCAAAGCGGUUGUGCGACUCAGAGAACUACUUGGGAAUGUUGAUCAGACAAACCGGGCACAAUGGAGGGUUUAUAUAUCUCACGCACAAUUUGCAGUUAUGGAUCACGACAGCGCAGGUGAUGAAAUGAUUGAUCUUGCAGAAAAGUGUGCAAAAUGCCUGGAAUAUGACGGGAGAUUCCGUGAAGCAGAGACAAUGCAUCAUAAAGUUUUCGAGUAUUAUGAGAAGGUGCUGAGACCGGAGCAUCCCUCCACAUUCGGCAGCGUCAACAACCUUGCUUUAGUCCUUGAGAGGCAGGGCAAAGAAGGUGCUGGGACCGGAGCAUCCUGA